ACGCUGUCCUUGGAGUGCUAACUAAAUGACGAUAGUGUAGAGAUAUCCAUCGGUCCGAUUCGACUCUGUCGUGCUAGAUGCCGACCAAGUGGUACUUCUCAUUCAAUAGCUAGGACCUAUCGUGCAUCAGCUGUGCGAUGUCCGAUUUACCCAAACAAGACUCGAAAACUUGGACUUUGUGUCGCAAUAGGACCUCGAACAGAUUUGGCGCUGGAACCAGAAUGUGCCAUUUGAUGCGGAGAGCUCCGUCGUACAUAGUUUGAUCGCCGAAACAACGAGGUCUCAACCAGGAGGUCUCAACCAGGGGCUCAGGCUAUUUGUGCAUGGGACGGCGAAUGGACCUAUCUUGAGCUCGACGAGCUGUCCACCUGUUUGGCCCACCAGAUUAUGGAUCAAGGAGUAAAGCCCGGAGUAAUCGUACCACUGUGUAUUGAGAAGUCGAAAUGGAUGCCUGUAGCCAUGCUUGCGGUUAUGAAAGCUGGCGGUGCAUCGAUCGUCCUUGAUUCUGCUCAACCGGAGCAUAGACUCCUUAGCAUUAUAAGGCAAAUAAGUCCGGUCCUUAUACUAACCUCAGAAGCUAACGAAAGCCUCGCCCAUCGCUUGACUACUGGGCGGGUUGCAAUUAUGGAUGAGCCACUGACGGAUAAAUCCACUCUAAACACAUGGCGCACACUACCGCAGGUACUGCCCUCUGAUAUGCUCAAUCUUGUCUUCACGUCUGGCAGCACUGGCGAGCCUAAGGGUGUUGUUAUCACCCAUGUAAACAUGACCAAUGCGAUCGUUCACCAGAGAGGAUGCCUCGGGUUCAGCAGCAAGUCACGCAUCUUCGACUUCGCAUCCUACAUGUUCGACGUCGUGUGGUGCAAUCUGAUCCAGGGACUAUCAGCCGGAGCUUGCAUCUAUAUCCCGAGCAACGACGACCGACAUAACGAUAUUGUGGGCGCAGCAAUCAGGCUCUUAGUCAACAUAGCUAUCCUAAUACUGUCUGUUGCUCGUGGCCUUAACAUGAAGGCACUCGAGAACCUAAGCUAUGUGUUUUUUAUUGGAGAGCCACUGUCCAUGAGUAGCUGUGUUGGCCUGCCACCUAAUACCGUGGUCACAAACUUAUACGGCCCUACUGAGUGUACAACAUUCAGUACAGCUCAGGUGGUCGAUAAAACUUCGUUCAAGCGCAUCAGCAUUGGUAAAGGUCUUGGUCUGAACACAUGGCUGGUGGACCCGUCCGAUGACUCCAAGCUUGUGCCAAGAGGCUGUAUUGCAGAGCUCCUGCUUGAAGGUCCACUUGUCGCAGCUGGAUAUCUUAGUAAAGCUGCAGCCACUGUAACUGUCUUCGUCAACGGCUUAAAUUGGCUUCUCGAAAGUCCCACAAAUAUUGGUGCCAAAGGUCGUCGCAGCCGAUUGUACAAGACUGGAGACCUCGCAAGGUACAACAUCGAUGGCACCUUAGAGUUUCUCGGGCGGAAGGACUCUCAAGUGAAACUAAAUGGCCAGCGGGUCGAAUUGGGUGACAUAGAGCACCACAUCAAGGCAUGUCUGGAGUACAGUAAGGAGGAUCUCGACGUUGUCGCCACAGUCGCACAGCCGCAGGCAAGCAAUAAGGAAGUGCUCGUUGCCUUUCUGAAAGUUCCCAGGCUGUCUUCGUUCGAUGACAUGGCCUUUGAUGCCGUCUUCGAGAAAGUCACGGACGUUCUUCAUAGCAGACUCAGAGCUCGAGUGCCCGCUUAUAUGAUUCCUUCGGCAUACAUUCCGCUGGACUGUAUUCCAACUACGCCUAGUGGCAAGACCAAUCGGCGCAAACUCCAGACUGUUGCUCAACAAUUGAGCUUCCAAGGAGUAGCGGCCAGAAAUUCUAAUCUACUGACUUCAGAAAAAAAACGGCCUUCAACAGAUGUCGAAAUAUGUCUGCAAAGCUUGUGGGCAGCUGUGCUGGGUCUAGAAGCUAAGGACAUCAAUACGGCCGACAAUUUUUUGCGCAUUGGCCGCGACUCCAUAUCAGCCAUGAGACUUGUCGCUGCUGCUCGUAAGAACGCUAUUGUCUUGUCGGUUGCAGAGGUUUUUCAGCACCCAGUCUUGAGCGAAAUGGCCCUUGCCGCUCAGACCCUUGAGAGCAAUCAUAUACCAGAGCGUUUUGCGCCUUUCACGCUAAUUCUGAAGGAAGAUAGCACUGUUGAGUAUUUGAGACAGCAGAUUGCGAGCCAUUUUGAUGAUGUAGAGGCUUCUCAUGUGGAAGAUGCCUUUCCCUGUACACCAUUACAAGAAGGGUUGCUCGCACUUACGAGUAGGCGUUCCGGAGAUUACGUCGCACAGUUCGUCUACCUACUUCAACCAACUGUGAAUAUCCAGCAGUUCAUGCAAGCUUGGGAGGUAGUCGUUAAAGAGACACCCAUAUUGCGUACUCGUGUCGUCGAACUUUCGGGUCAUGGUCUUGUACAGACUAUCCUCAAUCAGCAGGCUAAAUGGGCCCGCUGGGACGACACGAUGACUCUUCACACCUAUCUAAAGGCAGACUGCGAGCUCGUCACUGGUCUAGGCACCCCAUUGACACGGUAUACAGUGUUGCGGACUUCUGAGGACGGCAGUUGGUACUUUGUGUGGACCAUACAUCAUGCUCUCUAUGAUAGCUGGUCGAUUCCUCUGAUUUUGGAACGACUGGAAGGCUCUAUAGCUCCUCGGCUUCCCCCGCCACCCUUUCAGAGAUUCGUUAAACACAUUACUGAGAUCGAUAUUGGCGCUACAGCAAAGUACUGGGAGAAGCAGUUCCAAGGCUUAGAAGCUCAGAAUUUUCCUCAACUACCCUCAAACAAUUAUCAGCCACUCUGUAAGGCCUUCAUUAAGCGAAACCUUCAUGUGCCGCACUGGCCGGACACAGGAAUCACACCGUCCAGUAUAUUGCGAACAGCAUGGUCUCUAUUGGCUUCAAAGUAUACCGAUAGCUCUGAAGUUAUUUUUAGAGUCACCGUAGCCGGACGACAGGCUGCUGUGACAGAUGUUGAGCGGAUGAUCGGGCCAACCAUAGCUACUGUUCCUGUACGAAUAACUCUUGACUGGUCUCAGAUGACUGUCGAACAGCUGCUGCGGCAGGUUCAGGCACAAUCAGCAAACAUGAUUGCAUUUGAGCAGAUGGGCCUACAGAACAUCCGACGUACAAGUCCAGAGGGUGAAAGAGCAUGCCAAUUCCAGACCUUGCUGGUUGUGCACGCUGUCGAGGCGAACGAAGCGCGACAUCAAUGUACAAGCAGCCGCUGGUUUGUUAGUCAGCGAGAUGAAAAUGGCUCAGACGAUACACAUGUUACAGUGGCUGAUACACACGCUCUGACACUUGAAUGUGAUCUUCAGAGGCACGGAGUGCGAUUGCGAGCGGCACAUGACGCGAGUGUGCUCGACACCGACCGAGUCCAACGAUUAGCAAUGCAGCUCGAGCACGUCAUUCAGCAGCUGUGUACACCAAGCAAUGCGAGCAAAUCUCUGUCGAGGCUUAACAUGCUAUAUGAGCAAGACCACAUUGAUAUAUGGAGCUGGAAUGCGGCCGUUCCAGAAGCUAAACACCGAUGCUUGCAUGACCUCGUCACAGAGACAGCUCGCAAGCAGCCCCAGACCAUCCGUUUGUCCAUAGUUACAUGGGAAAGCUUGGCGCCCGAUGCACGUCUGUGUCACCAACACGCGUUUUUGUAUGUAAUUGACAUUUUACGACAUCGUCGCCGCACCACGCGUAUAUAG